AUGGACCCCAAACCCGCUCUCGUUCAAGGCCCCACAGAGCCAGCCUUGUGGUUUGAAACACUGGGAAACUUCAUCGACAAACAAGCUGCUCAGUAUGAGGAUCGAAUUAUUGCAAAGGCAAUGCUAGAGAUGGGACUACGCAAGGGGGAUUGUGUUGGAAUCAUGGCAGGGAACUGUUAUCAGUAUAUUGAGGUCUUCCUCGGUGGUGGGCGCAUUGGAUGCCCUGUUGUUGUUCUGAACAAUACCUAUAUUCCAGGGGAAUUAAUGAGCGCUGUGCAAAAGAGCUCUUGCAAAUUGGUUUUUGUUGCCUCUGAUAUUGGUUCGCGAAGUCUCUCAGCCCAUAUCACAGCGCUUCGUGGUGAUGGAUCGACAAACCCUGCUCUGCCAGAACUUCGCCGGGUUGUCAACCUUGAGAAUAAGGACCCAAGUAACACUGGAGUCGAAAUGCAGUCGUACACCGAGUUCACCUCUGGCGCUCAAUCUGUCUUCAUGAAAGACUCAAUGCUCCUCCGCGCAGAGAAGUCCGUGAAGCCGGAUGAUGUCCUCAACCUACAGUUCACCUCCGGAACCACUGGCUCUCCCAAAGCUGCCAUGCUAAGCCACAUUAACCUCCUCAACAACGCCCGCUUCGUCGGCAACGCAAUGCGUCUCACCCCAGCAGACAUAAUCUGCUGCCCCCCACCUCUAUUCCAUUGCUUUGGUUUAGUCUUAGGCUUCCUCUCUUCCUUCGUACACGGCAGCUCAAUAAUAUUCCCAUCGGACUCCUUCGACGUCCACAAAGUCGUUUCAGCAAUCCUCUCCGAAAACGCAACCGUCCUUCUCGGCGUUCCGACGAUGUACGUUUCGGAGCUAGAGGCCCUUUCAAAAAGCGGACAGCGUCCCCAGCAUCUGAGGACGGGUCUUGCAUCGGGCUCGGUUGUUUCGCAAGGUCUUAUGAAUCAGCUUAGAGAGGAGAUGGGCGUACAGAAGAUGUUGAUCGCGUAUGGCAUGACCGAAACCAGUCCAGUUACAUUCAUUACCUCUAUUGAGGAUGGGGAUGAGAAGGGGACAACGACCGUGGGUAGAGUCCUGCCGCAUACGGGUGCCAAGGUUAUUGGGAAGGGGGGCGAGGUUCUUCGGAGAGGGCAGAGGGGAGAGUUGUGUACUAGUGGAUUCGCGUUGCAGAAGGGGUAUUGGAGGAAUGAGGAGAAGACAAGGGAAGUUAUGAGGGUGGAUGGGGAUGGAGCUUUGUGGAUGCACACUGGGGAUGAGGCUUUUAUUGAUAAUGAUGGGUAUGCCCAUAUUACGGGGAGGAUCAAGGAUUUCAUUAUUCGGGGCGGAGAAAAUAUCUUUCCGAGAGAGAUCGAAGAACGACUCAUGUUGCAUCCUUUUAUCAGCGAAGCUAGUGUGGUUGGAAUCAAGGAUGAAAGAUACGGCGAGGUUGUUGGGUGCUUUUUGAAAAUGGCUGAAGGGUGUUCCAAGAUCCCUGAUACAGAGGUGAAACAGUGGGUAGGUGAGAAGCUUGGUCGACACAAGACGCCACAGUAUACAUUCUGGAUUGGAGAUCAAAAUGUGGGAAGCGAUUUCCCAAAGACUGGGAGCGGGAAACAUCAGAAGCACAUCCUGCGGGACCUUGGAAAUCGGCUAGUGCAGAGGGAUACAGCGAGAGCAAAGCUAUAG